AUGAACUGGUCGGUGUUCCCGUCGACCCACUACGUUCUCAUGCCACGGGGCUCGUUUGGCAUCGCCGGGUUCUCGUACGGCCGCGUGUACAAAACUGACCAUGGUGAAUUCGUCGAGCCCAAGUCCUCGGGCCUGCUCCAGUGGUCGCAGGUCCAGAUGGAAACUCUCAGACACCAGUACAACGCGACCGGCUUCAAAGUCAGCGAUUUCGAAGCCGAGAAGGGCAUUGCUACGUACGUGCACGCCCACGUCAUCUUCUCGCUCAAAGAACAGGCCGGUCAAUCAGUGUGGCGCUACGGCAUCGUGACUGCCUUCGAUGGGCCCGCGAUGACGUUGACCGUGCUCCUCACGAUCGGAGGUGACGACGUGCUCAUCCCGUUUCGGAAUGCGCGUCACGUGGACAUGGUCGCGUAUGUGCUCCGACCGUUCGAUGGCGUGUCAACAAACGGCUACCCCGUGGACGAUGUCAUCAAACGACGGCCGCCAAAGUCGCCAACGAAGAGCUCACACGCAUGGACCCCAAGAGCGCCACGCCACGGAAGCUUCACGAGAAGGAAGUCGUUCUGCUGA